AUGGAGUAUGGAAGUGGGUCUCCUGGUGAUCUCCACCAUCACCAUGAUGGUUCUUCAGAUUCCCAGAGAAGGAAGAAGCGUUACCACCGUCACACAGCUAACCAGAUUCAGAGGCUUGAAUCGAUGUUCAAGGAGUGUCCUCACCCAGACGAGAAGCAAAGGAUGCAGUUAAGUAGGGAGUUGGGCUUGGCGCCUAGACAGAUCAAGUUUUGGUUCCAGAACAGGAGGACCCAGAUGAAGGCUCAGCACGAGAGAGCUGAUAAUUGUGCACUCCGGGCUGAGAAUGACAAGAUACGUUGUGAGAACAUAGCCAUAAGGGAGGCCUUAAAAAAUGUUAUUUGCCCUUCUUGUGGUGGUCCUCCUAUCAAUGACGAUUGUUAUUUUGAUGAGCAAAAGUUGAGAUUGGAGAAUGCUCAACUCAAAGAGGAGCUUGAUAGAGUAUCUAGCAUUGCAGCUAAGUACAUUGGAAGGCCAAUUUCUCAACUCCCACCUGUUCAGCCUAUUCAUAUAUCUUCUCUGGACUUGUCAAUGGGGAGUUUUGCAAGCCAAGGGUUGGGUGGCCCUUCCCUUGAUCUUGACCUUCUCCCCGGGAGUUCUUCCUCAUCCAUGCCAAAUGUGCCUCCUUUCCAACCUGCGUGUUUUUCGGACAUGGAUAAGUCCCUCAUGUCAGACAUUGCCUCAAAUGCCAUGGAAGAAAUGAUCAGGCUAUUGCAAACAAAUGAGCCCUUGUGGAUGAAAGGUGCUGAUGGGAGGGAUGUCCUUGAUCUUGAUACCUAUGAAAGAUUGUUCCCCAAGGCUAAUAGUCACAUGAAGAACCCCAAUGUUCAUGUUGAAGCUUCAAGAGAUUCAGGAGUUGUGAUUAUGAAUGGCUUAACAUUGAUUGACAUGUUUAUGGACCCAAACAAGUGGAUGGAGCUUUUUCCCACCAUUGUCACAUUGACAAGAACAAUUGAAGUUAUAUCUUCUGGAAUGAUGGGCGGUCAUAGUGGUUCUUUGCAAUUGAUGUAUGAGGAGUUGCAAGUGCUUUCUCCACUUGUUUCUACUAGGGAGUUCUACUUCCUGCGGUACUGUCAGCAAAUUGAACAAGGCUUAUGGGCGAUAGUCGAUGUUUCAUAUGAUUUUCCUCAAGAUAACCAAUUUGCUCCUCAAUUUCGAUCUCAUCGACUGCCUUCUGGUGUCUUUAUCCAAGACUUGCCUAAUGGAUAUUCCAAGGUUACCUGGAUUGAACAUGUAGAGGUUGAAGAUAAAACUCCUGUUCAUAGGCUCUACAGAAACAUGAUUUAUAGCGGCAUUGCAUUUGGAGCACAAAGAUGGCUAACUACUCUUCAGAGGAUGUGUGAAAGAAUUGCUUGUCUGAUGGUGACAGGCAAUUCCACCCGCGAUCUUGGAGGAGUGAUUCCCUCACCUGAGGGCAAGAGAAGCAUGAUGAAACUUGCACAAAGGAUGGUUACCAAUUUUUGUGCUAGCAUUAGUGCAUCAGCUGGGCACCGAUGGACCACACUCGCUGGGAGUGUGAUGAAUGAGGUUGGAGUCAGAGUCACUGUGCAUAAGAGCACAGACCCGGGCCAGCCUAAUGGUGUGGUCUUAAGUGCAGCUACCACCAUUUGGCUCCCAAUCCCUCCACAAACUGUGUUCAAUUUCUUCAAGGAUGAAAAGAAAAGACCUCAGUGGGAUGUUCUUUCCAAUGGCAAUGCUGUGCAAGAGGUUGCUCAUAUAGCAAAUGGUGCACACCCUGGUAACUGCAUAUCUGUGCUUCGAGCUUUCAACACAAGUCAAAACAACAUGCUGAUCCUCCAGGAGAGCUGUGUGGACUCCUCAGGUUCACUAGUGGUUUACUGUCCAGUUGAUCUGCCAGCCAUCAACAUAGCAAUGAGUGGUGAAGACCCUUCAUACAUUCCCCUCCUUCCCUCAGGCUUCACCAUUUCCCCUGAUGGGCAACCAGACCAAGAUGGUGGAGGGGCCUCAACCAGCACAAGCACAGGCAGAGUCAUGGGGGGGUCUGGUGGCUCACUCAUCACUGUUGCAUUCCAAAUCCUAGUGAGCAGCUUACCAUCUGCCAAACUCAACACGGAGUCGGUGACCACUGUUAAUAGCCUCAUCGGCAACACUGUCCAACAAAUAAAGGCUGCCUUGAAUUGUCCUAGUUCCUGA